CACAACUACAGCAGCAGAGAUACAGCCCAAGCUCUUCCUGCACCUCAAACUUAUGCUGGAUGGGUCUUUACUUUAUAUUCUGCAACUUUUCUCUCAUCAAACAUGCUUCAGCUAAUUCCAAGCAAAAAUAAUGCAUUUUCAACAACACCAGUUCAUCAUGCUUCUUUGUGAAACUUUCAGUUAUAUUCAUUUUAAUUUAAAAUCACUGAUGCUUGAUUUCUAAGAUAUUCUAUAGUCAUCCCUUAAUAUUGCCUGCUGCAUGCCAGAAAACACCUUUUUGAAUCUCAUUUUAAAUGUUUGGUUUGCUUUUCUUUCAAGCACACAGCAGUUCCCUCUGGUUUCUUGAGCUGUGUUGAUCUGUAAAACCUAAACGUAAUCCUUGCUCUGCUGUAAUAAGGAAUUAUUUCUAUUGAAAGCAGAAGAAAGUGUUACCUGAAAAUUGCAUCCUUACCUUAAAACUAAAAUUUCAUUAUUGGCCUCACCAUGUUUGCAGAGCUCAAUUAAUUGUGGGAGCUUGGCUCAGUUGCUUCGGGGGGCGCUCCGGGCUGCUGUUGUUGAGGCAAGUUUUAAAAGACUCAGAGUGUAUAAAAGCUGUAGGACUUCCAUCAUCUGGCAUUUACUAAGGAUUUUUGUGAGCACAAUUUAGCCUUAGAAAAUGAAUUAAGGACAGAGACAUUGAUCACACUUAAUCCCUUUAGGUGCUCUAUGUUUUUACCACUAAAAGAAGAUUUUGGUUACAGUUUUAAAAACCUGCACAAAGUUACAUUGAGGUUUGUGUCUAGCAUUUUCUUUGUGUUACUUCAUUAUCUGGAACUUCUAGGAAGCUUCUGUCAAAUAAUCUAUAUUGUCUUAUUCUAUCAUGCAAAUCCUCUGUGAGAACUCAUCAUGUUUUUAUGAUACUGUAAACAUCAUAUCAUCUCAUAUUGGUUUUUAAGUAAAGGAGUGGAUGAGAAAAGCAGAGAGGUGAGUCAUAAUCUUGGAUGUAUAAAUAUCCAGAAGGGGACUAAAGGUGAAGCAUGUGGCUGCAGGGAGAUAGUCAAUGUUAAAUUAGAGCAAGGGCUUUAUGUUAAAAGCUUCCAUUAAAUCAACAACUUAUUAAAUGGCUUUAGAAGUGUCUGAAAGUGCAACCUACAGAGGAAAAAAAAAGGUUUUCUUUCGUGUUAGAUGCAAAUGAGGAGCCUGAAUCUUACUUGCUUUCUUCUUAAUAAAAAGUUACAUGCAGCCCAGUUGGAUAAGUUACGGUCCAAACAUAUUCAUGCACCUUUAAACUUUUCAAUUUUUUCAUGCUACAACCAUAAAGUUCAAUGUAUUUAUGUCAAAGACAUAGCGACAUAAGCUAGUGCAAGUCUAUAGCUGUGCAAAGCUGGUAUGUUUUAAACCCCAAAUGAUUUAGACGUGUGAUUGGAAAGAAAGGUUCCUAUUCAAUGUGGCUUAUCACAAAAGCACAAAACAUUUUUUAGAUUAAUAUAAAAAUAAAAAAAAACAUGCAGAAAGUGAAUACUAUUUGCAGACACUGCAAGUGAUUUCGAUAGGAUGUGAAAGCUGAGGAUGAAGUGAAUAAACAUUUAAAUUGCUUUCUUUAGAUGCUUUCCAACAAAAUUGAACAAAUCAACUUUUUUUUCUAUCUUCUGUCUUGCUGUCUACAGGGAGACCCAUCGAUUCAUUUGGUAUCUAGUUCAGGGCUAAAGAAACGACAAGAGGAAGGGCAUACACUCGAGAGGACAGGGAAAACACAAAAACACAUGAGAAACACACCCAUGGAGGUGCUUGGACAGAAGGAAAGGAGGUGGAAAAAAGUGUGAAGAGUCACUUCCAAAAUCUUCUUUCUGUCAGACACCACACCCCCAUACUACCUCAGAGAGAUCCAUGAAAUACACUGAUCAAAAUCUCAAUUAAAAUUAUGGCUUUUUGGAACUUGUCUUUAAAUGUUCAGAAAGUUUUUAGUUCAGAAUUGCUUCGUGGGAAAAAAAAAAAAAAAAACUUGCAUAGAUGUGGACCAUCUGUGCUUUUCUGAGGUGGAGGACUUUCACUUCCAAAUUAUCCCCUGAAGUGUGUUAAAGAGAUGCAGCACUGAGCUGUAUCAGUCUGUGCCACUGACUUUAGCAUACACUGUAAUGCCUUAAGCCCUGGUUAUCAGAGACCGCGCAGGAGGAAGAUUAAGGGCAGGCUGCCUCCGCAACUCUGUCCCACAGCAAAAUUUCAGACAAAAUGAGGACGAUUGUGUUUUGGCUGAUGGAUGUGCACUGUGCAUUUUUAUUGUGAAAGAAACGAAGACCAAAUGACGUUUUCGGACAGUUUCAUAAACUGAGUCAAGAAAAUGUAGCCUAAAACCCUUGGAUUCAUUACCAUCAGUCAGCAUUAAAACGAAGCGCAAGACUCAGACAGGAAAGUUCUAUUCACAGAUUACAUGACAAAGAUAUUCUUCAGUAAGUUCUAUAAAAAAAGAUAAUUUGACUCUAGGACAGUAAAACCUUUUAAAAGCUCAUUGAAAUGCACAUUGAAAAAGAAUCAGAUACUUCUUCAAUCAUCCAAUCUUGACUUCCAUUCUUCUUAGAAAAGAUGAAAGCAAGCACAAAAAAGCUGCUGUUUUGCAUUAGCAUUAUUCUUUACACACUCAAGCACAUAUUGUACUCCGGCUUCAUUUUAUGUUCAAUGUGUUGACAUGCAGUAAUUCUGUUCCUUUAUUGAUUUCAAAAUGUCCCAGUAGUAGAAAAGGCCUUUACCAUUUUUGACAUCUGAAAAUAGUGGUGGACAAAAUAAAGCCCAGUCACCUAGUUUGUAUUUUAUAUACAAUAUAUAACAAAACGUUGGCCUGUCACAUAAAAUCCCUUUGAAAUACAUCUAAACCUGUGGCUGUAAUGUUUUAACAAGGUUCAAAUAGUAUUAUAAAUACUUAAGUAGUUUAUACCAAGCUAUCCCAGAUGCUGCUGCUGCAAAAUAUAAAAAAUACAGUAUGGCCAGAAAGGUUUUUAAAUGACUUUAAAUGGAGAACUGGACAAAAAAAAACACCAUUGCGAUUGGGCAAAAGAUCAAAGUUCAGUACUAGCAACUUUUGUUCAUGCAUAUGCAGUCACAUCUGCUCAACAUCCACUAGCAUCAAACUGUGAUUUGUUUAAUGAAAGAAAACUUUGUCAAAGUUUAUCUACAAACUCCAGAAAGCUGGACUUACAGACACCAGUGUAUAUGCACGCAUCUCACAUUUAUCUACACAGAUGUUCCUUUCGUGUCAUCUGAAGUCGCCCACUCCAUUAGACUUUCUGGAGAAGGAGCGUGUUUUCAUCAGAUAAUCGUCAUCACAUUUCAGUCUCUCCAUCUGUCGCUCUGCUGCAUAAAAAAAAAAAAUCUUACUUCAGUUCCUUUCUUUAAUACAAAACACAGAAAUAAACUGCCAGUGUCCAAAUGGUGUGCUAUUUUAUUUUGUGACAGAAAACAAACAGGACUUGGCAUCGGUCAUGCCGAUCUUGCUGAGCUUUUCUAUAAAUCUUAGAGAAAUCCUAGAUGGGACUAAACAAUGUCCAGCUAAUGAUGCUGAACAUGCUAAAAAAAAAAGCCCUAUCCACCAAUGGAGAUCUAAAACUGCAAGUCUUCAUCUUUACUGCACAAACAAGCGUCUUGUUGGUUUGAUUUGAAAUCAUCGUCCUGGCAACAAUUAUGGCCACCAAAGAGACGUUUGAGCAGCUUAUUGAUGAAGGUGAAUGAAUGAAAGGUUCUUCCAGGAACACAGGAGGAAUCCAGGACAGCACUGAGUAGAGGAGGCAUGUUGAAAGUAUAAGAAGUAGAAUAAGGUUGAGAGAUUAUAUAUAUUAUGGAUGACACAGUUGGGUUACUGUUUGAGAGUGCUGGAGUUCUAAGAGGGCAAAGGAGGAGAAGUGAGAGGUGGUAGAGCACUGGAAGGUGGACAGGCCAGCAAGUAAUGGUGGAUUAUUGGUGGGGGGUCCUGAUGGAAAGAAGCAGAGGAACAGGAAAGGAGAUUCACAAAGAUAGAGUAAACGGAAAUUGAAAACAAGUUAGAGCACCUGUCUAUGACAUGUAUAAAUAUAUUGAAUACUACUGAUGUAUGGAAAGCAUAGAAAAAAAAAACUUUUUAGCAGCCUUUGCUCUAGUCUAGUAGAUAGAAAAGAUGAGGAGGAAAGAUAAUGGAAAGACAUGCAGCAAGAGGUCCGAGACCAGGAAUUGAGCCAACAACUGUAUCGACCACUCAUACAUGUUUAUAAAUGUCAAUAUUUCUAUAUUUCGACAUGCAAAUAUGACAAUACCAUUAAAUUCUCAUGUGUCAUUACUUUCCUGCAAAAGCAAGUGCCUCUUUGACUAAAAACCAUCUGGCUUAUGUCUGUUGACCUGACAGGCUUUUGACCAAAAUAAACUGGUGCUACAGCUGAAACCGUGUAUUGAUUGUUAACUUCUCUUCUUUGGGAGAGGGUGGAGGCCUCCACCUUUCCAAACAACAAACGCAGCGGCUUCCAUCAAAGAGCACGUGUACUGCAAAAACAAAAACAAAAAAUCAAUGCAAAACAAAGGAAACAGAACAUCAGAUAUGAAUACAUGACUCCUUCGCAGGCACUUAGCUGAGCUGUAGGAGUUCCCCAUUAAAAUACAAAAAAUAACACAAACAUUUUAACUGAAAAGUAAGAUUUGUUUUUCUUUCUAGCAAUUCAGGCACACGAGAAAAAAAAAACCGUCAUAAAAGUUUCUGCAGUCAAGCGCACCUUCUACUUCCAUUAUAUAACUACAUGUGCUUCUGUCCGCCUCUUCUUACCUUACUGUGAAUGUCAGAGAAAGAGAGAGAGGGACAGAGCGAGAAAAUGACAGGGGGGUAGGCGGGUAGAUUUCUAUUUAAAAGCCAGUGAAAUUUCAGCAGUAACAACUAAAUUGUCUGGAAAAAUGCCUUGUCGUGAUAACCUUCGAUUCUCUGACAUAUUCAUCAGCAUUAAAUUAUAUUUAGGUGGGGGUUGGCUCCCUUGUGACUCCUAAUCAGCACCAAGGACAGCACCAAGUUGCGCCGGAGCGCUGCGUCAGAUCACCUUUUCAUUACUGAAGGCUUAGAAAAUCUCAGAGCAACAACACAAGCUGAUCCUCAUAACAAGCUCAACAAUCUGACAAGAAGCUCUUAUUUAUUUAUUUUCAUCUGUUUGUUUGUAAUUUCAUCAUUUUAGAGUCUAGAUAUGUUGCCAGAAUGACGCUCAUGCCGAGGACUUUAUUGUUUCCUAAGUCACGAAGUUGGAUCAGAGAAUGACUUUACUGAAGAUUUUCGGGAAUAAAAAAUUAAAAUGUCUGGGGAACUGACGGACACCAACGAUGAAGGCUCGGUCGGGACUGCUCACGCUGCCUCCGUCAACUUCAGCUGCGUUUCCAAUACUUCAAACUGCUCUCACGCGGACCUUCACAUGUCGGACUUCACUAAAACCGAUUUCGUCGGAGACGGCGCCGCUUUUGUCAGGAUUACAAUCUCCGUGAUCUACUCUCUGGUCUGCGCGCUGGGUCUGGUCGGGAACUUACUAGUUUUGUACCUGAUGAAGUCCAAACAGGUGUGGAAGAAAUCCUCCAUCAACCUGUUCGUAACUAGUUUGGCGGUGACUGACUUCCAGUUCGUUCUGACUUUGCCUUUCUGGGCCGUGGAGAACGCGCUGGACUUCACAUGGCCCUUCGGCAAAGCCAUGUGUAAGAUAGUUUCCUACGUAACGGCAAUGAACAUGUACGCCAGCGUGUUUUUCCUCACGGCCAUGAGCGUGGCGAGGUAUUGCUCCCUCGCCUCGGCGCUGAAAGGCAGGCGGCGGCGCACGCACUGCUGCUCCGCGCGGUGCGUCUCCGUCUUCAUCUGGUUCGCCGCCGUCUCCGCCGCCCUGCCGCACGCGGUUUACUCCACCACCGCCACCGUAUCCAACGAGGACCUGUGCCUGGUGAAAUUCCCGGAGACUAACGGCUCAGUGCAAUUUUGGCUCGGACUCUAUCACUCCCAGAAAGUGCUGGUGGGCUUCCUGGUGCCUCUGGGAGUCAUCUCGGCGUGCUACCUGCUGCUUUUGCGCUUCAUCACCUCCAAGAACAUUAACACCUCCAGCGCGAAACGACGCGCCAAGGUCACGAGGUCGGUCACUAUCGUGGUUUUAUCCUUUUUCCUCUGCUGGCUGCCCAACCAGGCGCUCACAGCCUGGGGCAUCCUCAUAAAACUUAACGCUGUUCACUUCACUUAUGAGUACUACACCAUGCAGGUGUACGUCUUCCCCGUGUCGGUCUGCCUGGCGCACUCCAACAGCUGUCUGAAUCCCAUCCUGUACUGUCUGAUGCGACGAGAGUUCAGAAAAGCGCUCAAAAACCUUUUCUGGCGCAUGACCUCUCCGACUAUAACCACCAUCAGACCGAUCACAGCCACCACGAAGCCAGAGAUGGAUGAGCAGGGACACCCACUGGUGCCGGGCAAUGCGCCACCGGUGCCCAACAUAGUGUUCUUUCCUCCGGGGGCGGUGAUUUACAAUGACCGGCGUGACCUGCCACAAAACAGCACAUAGUCUAACCAGGCCAGGGUUUAAGUUCCGCGGGAAGGUGUUGAAAUAUAUGUAGUUACUGCAAAGCCAAAAUGUUCCGCUAAAAAGGCGAGACAGCUAGGGUCAGUUUUGGAUACGGGCCACAUGGCUCACCAACCUGGGGUGCAAACCGUUUGGGGCAGUAAAAUUAACUUUUGAGGAAGUUAAUUUUCUUAAAAGGAAUAUGUAUCUGAUGCUUGUGAGCACGUACAUACUCACAAGCAUCACAGUUAAUAAAGCAAUGCUUUUACAAAGAGGACUAUAUCUCAAAAUAUCAUUUCAAAAGUCUCUGUUCACCGUAGAACUUUGAUCAUUCUAUGUAUCUUAGAUUUGAACAAGAAGAAUGAACAGCAUUUCAUAUGUGUCUACUAUGACAAGGGUAUUAUGUGUUUUAUUGUUUAAUGUUUGUUUGUUCUGAUAUUUAAAAAAGUAAAAAAAGACUUUAAAGAUAUCUGGUCUCCCUUCAUCUUGUCAAACACUGUGACAUGUAAACUGAAUUUUUCUUUUUUGUGUGUGCAGAUAGAGUGAGCCCUGUGUGUUUCUAAAUUUUCGUCUAUUUUUUAGUCUUUUAAUGCUUUUUCUGUAUGUCUGCAUAGCAGAGAAUUUUAAUAAAAAUAUUUUGGGGGAAAAAAAAGUAAAAAAGAAAAAAAGAGUUAAAUGUGAAAGUAAAGUGCAUCAUCAGCAUGUGGCAGAAUUGCUUUCACUUUUCCUAUUGACAUUUAUUAUUGAACCCUGAAUGAAUCAUCUGAUUGUCACAAAUUGAGGAUGAAGGAAGCCAUGGUGGAGGACUGGUAUUAAGAUAAAGGUGAAAAAAACAAAGACAUGGAUGGCCUUUAAAAAGCGGCAAGGCAAUUUCCUCUGAACAGCACCAUUGAAAGAUCAAUUAAUGUGUGCUUCUUUACAAGAAAAUAAGGUGGCAGGUUAAAGACUAAAUCUGAAAUUAAAAAGCAUAAAUCCAAAACCAUUUAGUGCCUGAAAGAAAACUGCCAAGACUUUCAAAUCUAUUCUUUAGUAAAUGGAGAGGCAGUGGGGUGAUUUAAGGUCUGGUGUACAUGUUCAUCUCAGUAAAUUAAAACAGGCAUUCCUGCAUGAAGCUUGUUUGUCAAAUUAAAAGUACCUUUUGGAAAAUAAAUUGGUCUCAUACUUUUUAUUUAGUCAACGUUUCUGUAAUAAAAAUGUGUUUUUUUAGUGGUCGGAUGUAAUACUCGA